CUUUCAGGUUAUUUCUGCACAAACUAACAAUCUUAUUGAACUCUAUUUGAGCCCUUAGCUCUCUUUUUAUUGUGAUGUACUGUGGCUUUAAAGUAUUCUUACUGCGUUUAUUGCACAGCUCUUUUUGGUGAUAAGAUUGGUGAUGAUACACAAUGAUGAUAACCUCUCCCUGCAGGCAGCUCCACUCCCCCACCAACCUCCUCCUCCUCUCUCUGGCUGUCUCAGACUUCUUCGUGGGCCUCCUGGUGUUGCCGAUUGAAGUCCUCAUGACCGGAACCUGCUGGGUCCUGGGUGACAUAAUAUGUGCUCUGUAUUAUGUCCUACCUUAUACUGUUAUCUCUGCCUCCGUGGGAAGCAUGGUGCUCAUAUCAAUCGACCGCUAUGUGGCGGUUUGUGACCCUCUGCAUUACCCCACCAGAGUCACUGAAAAACUAGCUGCCAUCAGUAUUUGUCUGUGUUGGAUCUGCUCAGCUUUCUAUGGCAUUUUCAUAUUUUAUGACCACCUGAAACAACCGGGCAGGUAUAAUUCCUGCUAUGGAGAGUGUGUGGUUAGCGUAGCAGGAGAUGUGGACCUUGCUGUCGCCUUUAUUAUUCCUAUUACAGUCAUUGUAGUUCUGUAUAUGAGAGUGUUUGUGGUAGCGGUGUCUCAGGCCCGUGCCAUGCGCUCUCAUGUUGCAGCUGUCAAACUCCAGUUUUCAGUGACUCUGACACAGAAAUCUGAGCUGAAAGCAGCCAGGACUCUUGGCAUUGCUGUUGCAGUUUUCCUGAUUUGCUAUUCUCCGUACUACUGUGUCUUACUCACAGGCAGCAACAUCUUAGUCGGCUCAUCAACUGAGGCCUUUAUGAGCUUUCUGAUGUACUUUAACUCCUGUCUGAACCCUGUGAUCUAUGCCUUGUUCUACCCCUGGUUUAGAAAAGCUGUUAAACACAUAGUGACUCUUCAGAUCCUGCAGCCUGACUCCUGUGAUGCCAACAUGCUGUAGAGACACACUGUGCUCUGAUUAAAAUUAGACUUUUUGUUUCGUUUUCAUCAUUAAAUUUUACUUGACAGCCUUUGUAGGUUCUGUA